CAGAGAACCACAGGCAAAGGUUCAGGAUCACACAUCCAUCUCAAGCAGCCAAGCAGCAUCAGCAGGAUCCCACGGCCUGGCCAUUGACUGGAUUGGUGGCCCUGCCUGUGCUGACUAUCAUGGCAUCGUGCUCUCUGGCCUGCACCCUGCCUCAGAUCUACAUCCAGGGGAACACAAGAGCCUUGAGUCUUCUGGGACAAAUGAGGAGAACCUUUCUCCUCACUUUCUCCUGCCUAAAGCACAGACAGGACUUUGGUUUGGCCCAGUUGGAGUUUGAUGGCAAGCAGGUCCAGAAGGCUCAGGCCCUCUCUGUCCUCCAUGAGAUGACCAGGCAGACCUUCAACCUCUUCACAUCAGAAGACUCAUCAGCUGCCUGGAACCAGAGUCUCCUUGACACCUUCUGCACAGGCCUCCAUCAGCAGCUGAAUGAUCUGCAGGCCUGCCUGACCCAGGAAACAGGAAUGGAAGAGCCUGUCCUGAUGCAUGAGGACUCCAGACUGGCUGUGAGGAAGUACUUCCACAGGAUCGCUGUCUACCUGAAGGAGAAGAGCUACAGCCCUUGUGCCUGGGAGGUGGUCAGAGCAGAAAUCGUCAGACUCUUCUUUUCAUCAGAAAAACUUACCACAAAGAUGAAGCACUAAGAAAGGAGUCCAGAUUUAACAUGGAGAUGGUUCUCAUCAAGCAUAUCAAAUUUUCACAGUUCUGCCAUUUCAAGACUAUCUGGAACACAGAAACAGUUUUGAAACAGUUUUGUUUCAAUCAUAACUAUUUUAUUUUUGCCCUCUUAUCAGGAUUACUGACCAAUAUUGUGUU